UCCGCGGACCUCAACGCAUCCUGCAGGCUUCAUGUUCAUGUGACCAACACGGAGGGAGGGAUUCGGACGUUUCACUCCUUUUUUAACAUUUUAUUUGCUCACUAUGACGCAACCGGCGGAGAAAGUCUAUUACCGCUUCGUGGUGCUGUUCUUCAACUGCCUGCUGACAUUCGGCUCCUACUUCUGCUUCGACAUCCCGAGUGUGCUGCAGGAUCAGUUCCAAGGGAACCUGACAUGUUCCAAUGCAACCGUCACCAACGGCACCGAGGCCUGUGUGCCGGGCCUGGGGAUGAACCCUCAGCAGUACAAUCUCCUCUACGCCAUCUAUGCGUGGACGAAUGCAGUGGUGGUGAUCAUGGCCGGCUUCCUGAUUGACAAAUUAGGAAACCGCUUCGGAGUGUUUCUGUUCUCCUCUCUGUGCGUGUUGGGCUCGUCGCUCUUCGCACUGGGUUCCCACUUCAAAGGAACUCCCUACCUGCUGCCGCUGCUGCUCACGGGGCGACUGGUGUUUGGAUCAGGCAACGGGUCUCUGACCAUCGUUCAGAACCGCAUCACGGCCUUCUGGUUCAGAGGGAAGGAGCUGGCCUUGGCGUUCGGCCUGACCCUGGCGUUCUCUCGUCUGGGUUCGGUCAUGAACUUCUUCCUCACCCAAAGGUUUGAAGAACAGUACGGCAUGCAGUGGACACUCUGGGGCGGCGCUCUGCUGUGUGUGCUGGGCUUCGUGUCGGCCGUGGUGGUCAGCGCCCUGGACGAGGUCGGCAUGAGGCAGCUGGGUCUGGACGGCGCCAUCCAAGAGCAGUCCCGCAAAGUGAGGAUUCAGGAUGUGAAGCUCCUGUCGCUCAGAUACUGGCUGCUGGUUCUCACCAUCAUGUUCUUCUACAACGGCAUCUUCCCGUUCAUCGCUGAUGCCAGUAAGUUCAUCCAGGAUAAAUACAGCGGCUACACGCAGAAGGAGGCGGCCUACGUCGCCGGCGCCGUGUACGACAGCUCGCUGGUGCUCUCCGCCUGCGUGGGCAUCCUCAUCGACUACGUGGGGCUGCGCGGCGUGUUCGCGCUGGCCUGCGCCGUCCUCACGCUGCCGGUGUUUGGCCUGCUGGCCUUCACCUUCGUCGCUCCUCUGGUGUGCACCGUCUGGCUGGGGGUCACGUACUCCUUUGCUGCCUCCAGCAUGUGGCCGUCUAUUCCCCUCGUGGUGCCUCAGGCCACUCUGGGAACAGCCAUGGGUCUGGCCACCUCCGUACAGAUGGUUGGAAUUGGGUUGUCAAAUCUCGUCGUCGGGCAGAUUCUGGGCACCAAGUCCAGUGAAACGAAGAUUCCGUUGUGGCGUUGGCAACGGAUGAUGAUCUUCAUGUUGGCCAACACCGUCAGCUGCAUCGUCACCGCGGUGCUGCUCAACAUUGUGGACCGCAGACAGGUCAGAGUUCACCGUUUUUGUGUGUGUGUGUGUGUGUGGACGGCGUUUUCAGUGACCGCGUGUUGUCGCUCUGCAGGGCGGGAUCCUGAACAACACGACCAAGAGGAUGGGCCACGCCGAGAGAGACUCCGACAGAGAGCCGCUCCACCCGGGAGAGGAGGAAGAGGAGGAUGAGGAGGACGAGGCGGCCCGAUCCCGCUCUGAAAACUAAAGUUUUAUUCACAUUUUUACUCGCGUUACAACAGUGCUCUUUUUAAAACUAUUUGUAUUUUACAUGGAACACUUGAAAUGGGACUCGAUGUGCUGCUCGCCUCCAGACGAUCACAUGACCUCUCCACUCCGUCUGCUGCGGGAGAUAACGGAGCUGAUCAAUACAUCUAUGUUCCACAGUAUUCACAGUGACACGCAAGGAAAACGUCAAACUCUCUCAAAGCUUUGACUUCCAAGGAGAAGAUGAAGAUCCAGAUAUGUCUACAAUCCUAAUCUGCAGUAUCAGAGUCCUCAUCUUAACGUGUAAUUCUCUUCUAAAUAAUCACAGCAUGUUGUGCACAUUACAGCCAGCAGGGGGAGCUCUUUACACACGUUUCUAUCUAUAAGUCUUCUGCUCCUGGAGUAAACGUGGUAGUACAGAG